AUGGCUGUAUCACUGGACCUUGCUAGCUUGCAAUCCGUCGCCAAGACGCUUCACGGUAGCUUCGUAAUCCAGGGGUUAAUGCUUCUGCUGCUUGUUCUGCUCCUGCGCUACGUGGCUGCGUCCUGGCGUGCAGGUUUAGCACCGUACGAGGUGCAGACGUGUCCACCAAUCAACCCGCACAUGCAUUAUCGCUAUGGGGUGUCACAGAUGCAGGGGAGAAGACCAUAUAUGGAGGACCGACAUACAGCAAUAGCAAGCCUGAACGGAGACCCAAACCAGAGCUUCUACGGUAUAUUCGACGGCCACGGAGGCGAGGGAGCUGCAAAUUAUUGUGUGCAGGCCAUGUGUCAGAAUGUGAUCCGAGAGCCGUCACUUACUAAGGAACCUGUGGAAGCUCUGAAGAAUGGAUUCCUGCGUACUGAUCAAGAGUAUUUGCAGAUCGCGAGCCGCAAAAACUCGGAGGAUGGAACGACGGCAGUCGUAGUACUUACGCAGGGCGACGAGAUGUUUGUGGCACAUGCAGGUGACUCUCGAGCUGUGUUGGUGCAUUGCUGUGGAAAGGUAUCGGUGUUGACUUCGGACCACAAACCAAACCGACCAGACGAACGCCGUCGGAUUCAAGAGCUAGGAGGUUCGGUGAUAUUCUGGGGCGUAUGGCGCGUAGAAGGCAUUCUUGCUGUGUCUCGAGCGAUUGGUGACCGCAUGCUCAAGCCGUUCGUGGUUGCAGAACCUGAAGUGAAAAAAUUCACGCGAACGGAGGCGGAUCGCUAUGUCGUUCUAGCUAGUGACGGAGUGUGGGAUACAGUCUCAAAUGACGAUGUGGCGCAACUGGUGCUCAAAUACGAAGACCCGCAGGCUGCAGCACAGCGUAUCAUGGAGGAAGCGUACGCACGUGGAAGCAUGGACAAUAUCUGCGCCAUGGUCAUUGACUUGAGAGCGUAA